AUCCGAGAGGAAGUAGUUACAGUACACAGCCAGUUGUUAAUUGUGAUGUGAUUGCCUUAAAGAGUUUUGGACCGGCCUAUGAAACCAACGGCCUCCGAGCAAAUCACUGGUUAAUUCAUAGGAAAGACAAUACCCAAACCUCACUAUAUGGCCCCGUGUUUGGAGCAUACUUGGCAAUAUUUUGGUUGAUUUACAUUUCAGUAAUAGUGAAGUGAAUUUAGAAGAACUUAAGUCUCUCCCUUUAAUGAAAAUGAAAUCGUAAAUGGGACAAACCACACCAUUGGGAUUUGGAAGCGUCAUGGAGUACUAGCGCAGAAUUUAAAAUUCUCCUUCGUAGGAUGAAAAGACAUCACAGAGAGGAGUCGUCGUCUCGUGCCAAGAAAGGCCAUGCUCCUAGUGUAUCUGAUGGUGAAGAUAAUAAUGGAUACGUCAAUUCUUCGAAGAAGCACAAAAGCCCUCCUCGGAAAGCUCUACUUAGGCGGCCUUCACGUGAAGAUAGGCCAACAGUGGAUAAACAUGAUCACCAUAAUUCAAGACAAACUUUCUUGCUGCGUCCUAAUCCUUCGAAGUUUGUCGGGGGAAACACAAGCAGUCGAUCGUUUAAUCCGCUAAGGUAAUUUGUAUGUGAUGUAUUGAGUUUACGUGAGUUGUUACGAAUGGUCAUACAUGUUGGUAAUGUGAGUCUACCAACUUAAACUUCAGACGCCAUUAUCCAUGCUUCCUACUAAUAAAUAAUUAUUUGGUCCAUUCAUUUCUUCGCCGUUAUUUAACUCAUUCUAACGGUACCCAAAUGUCAGUAUCACCGUCACAAUGCAUAGUACAUAAGUUUUUGUCCUAAUUGUUGGCCUUAAUUUUAUCGUUGUUGAACUCAUGGUAAUCUGAUGUAUUUCAUAUGGACAAUUCUUCAGCAGAUUUUCAGCUGGUGGCAGCUACAACUGUCCUAUCGUUUACUCUUCAGCACAUUGGAUAAUGCUAAUCCUUAUGUAAAUUACAAACAUCAUUGCUCAAAUUGUCCCUGUUUCUUCAAUGAAUAAAGAAGAGCAACAAAUUAUGCUGCACACAUUUAAUUUAUGGGAGAGAAUGUCAUUUUUCUAUUACAGGUUAUUUGUUUCUGAAAGCAAACGGGACAUUCGUUUACGACAUUGAAUCUAAUUCAAUUUGCUGACACAAAUAUGGUGAUUAAAUACGCCCGACGAGCCAUAGGUCGGGUUUUGCUCAUAAAAAGCAUGAAGUUUUGGUCUCGGAAACGCAUCUUUCAUUCUUAUGAAAUCAAAUUUUCCUAAUGAGGUCGCUCAUGCAGAAAAUCGUAUUAAUCAUGCAAACUUUCGUUCCUACGAUGUCCCACCUGAGAUGUUUGUUCUUCAGUCAUCCCAAGUGUUCAUCAGGUUUGGCCUUAGGCAUGUAUGCUCUCUGAUUUGAAAUCACCAUCUAAUGUCCACUUGCCGCUCAUCCGGUUUAGUUAACAAGUAAUUUUAUUGCAGCUUUAGCGAAGAAUAAAUAAAAUGUUUCUCAGCAAACUAAUUUUGUGUACAUAUUGAAAAAAAGUAUUAAGAUAAACACUAAUGCUGUGAAAUGACCGAAGGAAGAGCUUUAAGAAGGAUCUCUAUCUCAAAAGUUAAAACAUUUGGAGAAUUAUAUGAUUGGCCAUUUCAUGGUCAUCCAAGUUCAAGAAAAUCGUAUGCUCCAUCAUCACGAAUGUCCAGUCACUCAUCCAGAUCUUUAAUUCAUCCUUCUGGUCGAGUUAAUCCUAUGUUGGCGGCAAGUUUAGCAUCAUCGGGCAAACUGCCUAACCUUCCGUUACCGACCGGUUCUAGCGGUGGUUCUGCUGCAACAGUCGCAGCGGUUGCAGCCGCCGCAAUGAAUGCUGCCGCGAUGGCUGCAGCCUUAGGUGCCGGGGGAGUUAUAUCUAGCAAACAGAUGUCUCAUAUUACCAAAGCAUUAGCGUCUGCAACUCGAACAAGUCGUGAUCGUCGUCAUGAUUCAACGUCCAAUAGACCAGUUCGUCGUUCACCGGAUAGAUUUAUAAAUGAUGAUUCAAGAAGCAGUCGAAAACCUAGAGGUGGUAGUAAAGAAAAAGACCUGGUUAGCAUUUUUAACGCCCGUUAUGCUCGUCCAGUGGAACAUCGCAAUCCUGAAGAUGAUCCUCAUGCAACAAGAACAUUGUUUCUGGGUAAUUUACCGCCAGAUGUUGAAGAGCCUGAAUUAAGAAAACUUUUCGAACGUUAUGGCAUCAUUGAAGAUAUUGAUAUUAAGCGCCGCGAAUUAGAGAAUGGAGCAACUGCGUUUGCUUUUGUCCGGUAUCUUAGUUUAGAUAUGGCACAUCGUGCAAAAGUUAAUUUAUCUGGUCAAAUGAUUGGUGAAUACAGGUUCAAGAUUGGUUAUGGGAAAGUUAUACCCACAAGAUGCCUAUGGGUUGGUGGUUUGGGUCCAUGGACAAACUAUCCUGAAUUUGCAACCCUUGUUAACAGCAUUAGUUCACCUGAGAAAAUUAUAUGGCCAUCUGGCAAAAAUUAUGCUCAUAUCCUUUAUUCCAACAGUGAAUUGGCUGCUGUUGCCGCUGACCUUUUACGUGGAUAUCCAUUAGGAAGUAGUCACAGACGAAUCAGAGUAGACUUUACUGAUGAAUCGCAUAUGUUUAAAGAUCCUAAUUGGAAACGUCUAAAGAGAGAUUCUUCAACAGAGUCUAAUUCAAGACAUUAUUCGUCAAGAAGAUCGCUAACACCUCGAACAAGACGGGAUACUUCUCAUUCAGAUAAUGCCUACUCCCAUGGAAACAAUCAUUCAAAGUACAGACGUGAUCGAAGAUCAUAUGAUGAAAGUGAUCGCAGCCGUUCUGUCUCAUCAUCCCAUCAUAAGAGGGAAUCUCUUCAUAGGUCCCGGAAAGCCACAUACGAAAGAACGUCUAGGCGUAAUCAGCGGGAUCACUCCGUGACUCCUGAAGCUGAUUCGUCUCGUAAUGGGUCACGUUCCCGUUCGUCGUCGAGAUCUCGAGAGGGUUCAUCAUCUCCCUCUACCCCACCGACUUUAGAUACAUCUACUAAUAUUGGACAACUAGCAUCUUGCCUCCCGAAAGCCUGGGUCGGGGCCUUCUACUUGAAAUCGAGCAGUUUUCAGUGCCGCAUGCAUGUUUUAAGGGGUGAUAAAAGCCUUGUUGAUCAAUUUAUGUACCGUGGUUUGAAUUCAGAAGCAUCUGCAGACCAGAAUGAUAAUCGACGGACAACUAAGAAAUCGAACAAAGAUAAGCAUACAUCAGUAGAUGAGAUUGACUCAAGUGAAUCUCAUGACGGCGCGCAUGAUAGCAAUGAGAGUGAUUAUGCAAGCAAGGACAAAGUUGUCUGUUUACGAAUUACCCAAAGAAUGAGACUUGACCCCGUAAAACUAGACGAUGUGAACCAGCGUGUUGAAGCAGUCGGUCCUUCUGGCUACUGCAUACUUUUAGCCGUCCCAACACGUUCUGUACGCUGUCAUGAGAAUGAGAAACAGCCUCAGAGACCCCUACGGAAUUUGGUCGGAUACCUACGAACAAAAGAUUCUGCUGGAGUAGUACUUUUGAAUUCUACAGGUCAAAAUCAGAACAAUGAUUCUGCGUCUCCUUCGACUACAGAAGCUACAAACACAUCUGGAGUAUUAUAUGCAUUUCCACCUUGCGAUUUCUCUUUAAGUCUUCUACAUGAAAGUGCUCCACGACUAGAAAAAGACUAUGGUAAAGAUGAUCAUUUAGUUAUAUUACUCAUUCGUGGGACUGGUGUUGUGUAACCUACUGUUUAAUUAAAAAAACUCUACAUUCUUUCAACUGAAUCACACCCUACAAACUUUGUUGACUGAUUGAAUGUGUGUGUAUGCAUAAGACAUUUCUAGUAGGUCAAUCAGUGCACAUGAGUACCGCGGUCAUCCUUACCAAUGUAAGAAAAUCAACCUUUUUCUUUGCAUCUAGUGUUAAAUUUUUUUCGAAUAUUUCAUACUUCACAUUCUUUCAGAAAGCAUUUAAAAAAGGGCUUGUUUGUUUCUGUGCGUUAUUUUCUUUCCUUUGUUUGUUUUUUGUCUGAAAAACGCCACAAGACUUGUGAAAUUGAAUUAAAAUACAAUAUUUAUUCUGUAA